UAAACUGCAGUAAGUGCAAUUGCAAUCAUUGACAACUUUCAAUUCUCACAACGCAAAUACUGUUAAAUAAAUAGAAAAUUGAAGAUGGAAAACUUGAUGAUAUUCUUACUAGUGAUACUUGGUGGUGUUCAUGGUGCUCCAAAGACUAAUUUAGACAAUAAAAUACAGAGUAAAUGCAACAAUGGGAAACCUGCUGAUGUAUUCUUCCUUCUUGAUUCUUCAUCAAGUAUUUGGCAGGUGGAUUAUGAGAUUCAACUCCAAUUUAUUAGUGACGUCAUUGAUAUGUUCACCAUUGCUCCAAACCACACCCGAGUAGCCGUAUCAGCCUUCUCUCACUUUUAUAGACCUUUCAUUCGUUUCGACAGUUACAAUACAAAAGAACAAUUAAAGGAGGCUGUUCUUAAUGUUCGAUACCUUUCUGGAAGCACCUAUACUGGCGAUGCUCUAAAAAAGAUGAGGACAAGGGGAUUCAAAAAUGCCAGACCAGGCGUGGCACAUAUAGGUAUUGUUCUUACUGAUGGUGCAUCUGCUAACAAAGAAAAAACAAAAGAAGAAGCAGAAAAGCUGAAGAGUAUGGGAGUGUAUUUGUUCGCAAUAGGUGUUGGGAGUAAAUUUGAUAUGAACGAACUUAUUGAUAUUGGAAGCAAACCUUCUGAAGAUUUCGUUUACGAUGUUGAUAAAUACAAUAUGUUAGACUCUAUUCGGGAAACUUUGGCAAUCAAGGCCUGUACCGUUGAAAGUAUAACAGAAGCACCACUUCUACAGAUGGACCAACCUGCAUGUGGACUAAAAGGUACUGCUGAUAUGAUGUUUUGUUUCGACUCUGCUGCCACAGGAACAGCACGCUCCAAAAUUGUCUACAAUUUUAUUACUGAAAUUACUGACGAAUUCAAUAUGAAUGAUGGCGAUGGUAUAAGGGUUGGAAUUAUGUCACGAAAUUGUCAUGAACACGAUAUUCAUUUAGAUGACUACAUUCAGAAAGACGAACUUAUGGGAGCAAUAAAUAGCAUAGAAUUCCAAGGAAUGGGACCAAUUCUUCACAAUAUGAGAAAGCAUGGUUUUAAGGAAUCUCAUGGAGGUAGAACAGAAGCCAGAAAGAUUGCAGUCUUAUUUGUUGACGAGGAAACUGAGAAAUUGGAUUUUGUUUUCCAAGAGGCUGCGGAGGCAAGGUCACAAGGAAUUGAGGUGUACGUUGUCAGUAUUGGAAAUGUUGACGUUGAUGUUUUACGGAAAAUUGCAAGCGAACCUGUUGGAAGUCACGUGAUCAAGGUUUCAUCAUACGACGAUGUUCCCCUCCUGAAAGAAGAUUUUGUAAACAGUGUUUGUGAAGAUCUGUGAUCAAAACAAAAUGGAAGUGGAGGGACCAACAUUUUCUCAGGGAAUGUGCAAUUCAAAACCAAAUUUCAUAGAUACACGUACUUUUAAACAAUAACAAUUAUAUCAUUGUAAAUCCUAUCAUGUUAUAUCAUAUCAUAAUGCCAGUUGUGCUUUCUUUACCAUGAAUACCAGUGCCAAGACUUGUGAUAUUAGUGUAGAUAUUUAUUUAUUAUUGAUCUCAUUCCAUAUAUUAUAGUACUGACCCUUAUUGGGGUAAAUUUGCGAGAAGUUCCUGACUAUAAAACAUAAUCAGAUUUUGAACAUGGACAGUAUAACAUUGUAAUUCUGCUUGUAAAUAUCUGAAUAAUUUAUGACCGUUUGGUAUAAGCUUAACCAAAGACAUUUUACGUUUUUACUUUUGUACUUUUUGUAUCAUUAUGAUAAAAAUAAAAU